AUGGCUAUUCAAUUACAAGAACAAGUAGACACAGAUAUGGAUUCUGGUCCAAUUACAGAUAAUAUACAGCAUAGUUAUCGAAUAUGGAAGAAAAACUCCCCAUUUCUUUAUGAUUAUUUAAUUACUCAUUCUUUAAUAUGGCCAAGUUUAACGUGUCAAUUCUUUCCUGAUUUAUAUAGUUCAACAAAUGAAGAUAUUGAAAUUCAAAGGUUAUUAAUUGGUACAUUCACAUUGGGCCAACAAAUAGAUUCAAUUUCAAUUUUACAAACUCCUAUCCCAUUAUUAUCAAAUAUAAAUCACAAUAAAAUCAAUUUUAAUAAUGAUAAAAGUGAAAUUGAAAUUAAUAAUUCUCAAAUUCCAAGUAUAAGGAUUAAAACAUUACAAAAGAUAAAUCAUAAUGGAGAUGUUAAUAAAUUGAAAUAUAUGCCUCAAAAACCAAACAUAUUAGCAUCAAGUAAUAAUUUAGGAAAUUUAGUCAUUUAUGAAAGAACAAAACAUUCAAAUGUUAAUAAAACAAUCAGUGAUCAAUUAAAUAAAGUGCAAAUUAAUUUAAAAAAUGAUAGAGUUGAAAGUUCUGUGGAUAUUUUUGCACUUGAUUGGAAUAAAAAUAAAGAAGGAUAUUUAGUCAGUGGUGAUAUGAAUGGAAUUUUAAAUUUAUAUGAUAUUACAAAGUAUAAAAAUGAUGAAAUGAAUCAAAUUAAUUAUUGGAAUGUAGAUGGUGGUGUUAAUGAUGUUGAAUGGUUACCUACUCAUGAUUCAUUAAUAAGUAGUAUUACAGACACAAAUUUAAAAAUUUACGAUAUUAGAUCAAAUGAAAAUAUUGUUAAUGAAAGAUAUGGUUUGAUUAGUGGUAAUUCAAUUGCAUGGAAUCCUUCAUUUGCUACUGGUUUUGCAAUUGGUGAUUCGGCUGGUUAUAUCAAAACUUACGAUUUAAGGAAUUUGAAAGAAGUUGUUGGUGAGUUUAAAGUUCAUAACGAUUCUAUAACUCAAGUCAAAUGGCAUCCUAAAAAGCAUAAUAUUUUGGGAUCAAGUUCCACAGAUCAUUCAGUCAAGCUACAUAAUUUUGCAAAUGAAACGGAACCUACUUUUUUUCAACAUUUGGGUCAUAUGUUAGGUGUUAAUGAUUUUGAUUGGAGUCUAGCUGAUGAUUGGUUAUUAUCUAGUGUUGGUGAUGAUAAUAGUUUACAUUUGUGGAAACCAUCUAGUUCAGUUACUAAAAAUUUAUAA